GCUAGUUGGUUUCCCUGUUAAAGAUUCCGAUAAUUUUGUUGCUUUGCCGUACCCAACGUGUGUCAGAAAUAUUUGAUUUUAUUGAAGAUUUAAUUGAUAUAAUUAAAUAAAAGUUAUUUAAAAUCUUAUAUUAAACAUGGCUUCGAUAAGUUUAUUGAACCCAAAGGCUGAAUUUGCACGUGCUGCUCAAGCUUUGGCCAUUAAUAUCUCGGCUGCAAAAGGCUUACAAGAUGUGAUGCGUACUAACUUGGGUCCGAAGGGAACAAUGAAAAUGUUGGUAUCUGGUGCCGGCGACAUCAAAAUCACCAAGGACGGCAAUGUGCUGCUGCAUGAAAUGCAAAUUCAACAUCCAACAGCUUCCAUGAUAGCACGUGCCAGUACAGCUCAGGAUGAUUCUACUGGUGACGGCACUACAUCAACUGUCUUGCUUAUUGGCGAGCUUCUGAAGCAAGCAGAUAUUUUCCUUACCGAAGGCCUUCAUCCACGCAUUGUAACAGAAGGAUUUGAAAAAGCAUGUACCAAAGCUUUAGAAGUGCUGGACGCAGUUAAAAUUCCUAUUGAAAUCAAUAAGAAGAAUUUAAUCGGUAUUGCCAACACUAGCUUGCGCACCAAAGUGCACCCAGCGCUUGCUGAUGUGCUAACUGAAGUGUGUGUAGAUGCUAUAUUAGCUAUACGUAAGGAUGAUAAACCGGUCGAUUUGCAUAUGGUUGAGCUGAUGGAAAUGCAGCAUAAGACUGCCACCGACACAAGUCUUAUUCGCGGUAUUGUCAUGGACCACGGCACUCGUCAUCCUGAUAUGCCAAAACGUUUGGAGAAUGCGUAUGUGCUCACUUGUAACGUUUCUUUGGAAUAUGAAAAGUCUGAAGUCAACUCAGGAUUCUUCUAUAAAACUGCCGAAGAGCGUGAGAAGUUUGUUCGUGCUGAACGUGAGUUUAUCGAUCAGCGCGUACAGAAAAUCAUUGCAUUAAAACGCAAACUUUGUGACGGCACUGAGAAAACUCUUGUUGUUAUCAAUCAGAAAGGUAUUGAUCCUAUGUCGUUGGACGCUUUGGCUAAAGAAGGUAUUAUGGCGCUACGUCGUGCCAAGCGCAGGAAUAUGGAACGUUUGGCUUUGGCCUGCGGUGGUACUGCCAUGAACUCCUUUGAUGAUUUGGAAGAGUCACAUUUAGGAUACGCUGGUGUGGUUUACGAACACGUACUAGGCGAGAAUAAAUACACUUUUGUUGAGGAGUGCAAAAACCCACAAUCGGUUACAAUUUUGAUCAAGGGUCCCAAUAAGCAUACUAUUGUGCAGAUUAAAGAUGCCAUUCGUGAUGGUUUGCGUGCCAUUAACAAUGCGCUUGUGGACAAGUGCGUUAUACCAGGAGCUGGUGCCUUCGAAGUGCGCGUAUAUAACGAACUGAAUAAAUACAAGGACACCGUUAAGGGAAAGGUUCGCUUGGGAAUACAAGCAUUCGCCGAGGCUUUAUUAGUCAUUCCUAAGAAUCUAGCUAUUAAUAGCGGUUACGAUGCCCAAGAUACUAUUGUUAAGCUGACAGAGGAAGAUCGUCUUAAUCCGGAACCCAUUGGAUUGGAUUUGUCGACAGGUGAACCAAUGAAACCUGUGGAUAUGCAUGUGUAUGAUAACUACUUGGUGAAGAAGCAAAUAUUGAACUCCUGCUCGGUGAUUGCUAGCAACUUACUGCUAGUGGAUGAAGUUAUGCGUGCUGGCAUGACAAGUUUGAAGGGUUAGUCAAAUUUGACUGCAGUCUACAAAACAAUGUCUCAAUGAACAAUACCCGCAUUCGCUACUACCUUAAUUUUUCAUUAAUUGUAUUAUUUGUUUUUAUUAACAAUUGCAAAUAGCUGACGUCAACGAACUAAAUGAUUUAUAAUUUUACUUCAGCUAUUAAUACCACUUAAAUACUUUUGUAUUAAAUGAAUAAAAUGCAUUUUUCUGGACGCUUAUAAAA